UCAUCCUCAUCCUCCCCUCCCCUAUUGCGCUCGGUGGAGAGGAGUGCAGGCUAUACAUGUUCGGCGGUGGAGAGAGAGAGAGAGAGUCCCAUAGCUGAGGUUAUCUGACACACCGAGGAGGCGCAGUCAAUGAGGGGGCACACAGAAAAGUGAGCGCAGUCCAAAAAAAAAAACCGCCCUCUAAACGCGAGAUUGGCGAGGAGGGAAACAUAAGACUAAAUCCUUCCCUGCUCCGACAAGGGAGAUACACUACCCAUUGCAUCGCAAAGAUGGGGAACCGGGGGAUGGAGGAUUUGAUUCCUCUGGUGAACCGCAUGCAGGAUGCCUUCUCCGCCAUCGGGCAGAACGCGAACCUGGACCUGCCCCAGAUCGCCGUGGUGGGCGGCCAGAGUGCGGGGAAGAGCUCGGUGCUGGAGAACUUCGUCGGGAAGGAUUUCCUUCCCCGUGGUUCUGGCAUUGUGACUCGUCGUCCUUUGGUUUUGCAGCUGAUGAACUGCCCCACAGAAUAUGCUGAGUUUCUUCACUGUAAGGGCAAAAAGUUCGUAGAUUUUGAUGAGGUCCGGCAGGAGAUCGAGGCAGAGACUGACCGCAUCACCGGGGCCAACAAGGGCAUCUCCCCUGUGCCCAUCAACCUGCGUGUCUACUCCCCUAAUGUGCUGAACCUGACCCUGGUGGACCUGCCGGGGAUGACCAAAGUGCCGGUGGGUGACCAGCCUGCAGACAUCGAGGCCCAGAUUAGAGAAAUGCUGAUGCAGUUUGUCACCAAGGAGAACUGCCUGAUGCUGGCCGUCUCCCCGGCCAACUCUGAUCUGGCAAACUCUGAUGCUUUAAAGAUUGCCAAAGAGGUCGACCCUCAGGGUAUGAGGACCAUCGGUGUGAUCACCAAGUUGGACCUGAUGGACGAGGGAACAGAUGCGAAGGACAUCCUGGAGAAUAAGCAUCUCCCGCUCAGGAGGGGUUACAUCGGUGUGGUGAACAGGAGCCAGAAGGACAUAGAUGGCAGGAAGGACAUCAAUGCUGCUAUGGCUGCUGAGAGGAAGUUUUUCCUCUCCCACCCUGGAUAUAGACACCUGGCCGAACGUAUGGGGACUCCCUACCUGCAGAAAACCCUCAAUCAGCAACUGACAAACCACAUCCGGGACACCCUGCCUAGUCUGCGGGCCAAGCUGCAGAGUCAGCUUCUCUCCAUAGAGAAGGAGGUGGAGGAAUACAAGAACUUCAGACCCGACGAUCCAUCUCGCAAGACCAAGGCUCUGCUCCAGAUGGUGCAGCAGUUCUCUGUGGACUUUGAUAAAUGUAUAGAGGGCUCCGGGGACCAGAUUGACACGGCUGAGCUGUCAGGUGGCGCCAGGAUCAAUCGCAUCUUCCAUGAACGCUUCCCCUUCGAACUGGUCAAGAUGGAGUUUGAUGAGAAAGAGCUCCGCAAGGAGAUCAGCUACGCCAUCAAGAACAUUCAUGGAAUCAGGACGGGGCUGUUCACCCCUGACCUGGCCUUUGAGGCCAUAGUGAAAAAGCAGAUCCAAAAGCUGAAGGAGCCCACACUGAAGUGUAUAGAUAUGGUUGUGAGCGAACUCACCUCCACCAUACGAAAGUGUAGUCAAAAGCUGGCUCAGUAUCCCAUGCUGAGAGAGGAGAUGGAGAGAAUCGUCACCCAGCACAUCAGGGACAGAGAAAACCGCACAAAGAACCAGGUGUUGCUGUUGAUAGACAUUGAGUUGUCUUACAUGAACACCAACCAUGAGGACUUCAUUGGAUUUGCCAACGCUCAGCAGAGGAUCAACCAAAUGAACAAGAAGAAAGCAGCUGGUAACCAGGAUGAGAUCAUGGUGAUCAGGAAGGGUUGGCUGACCAUCAACAACAUCAGCAUCAUGAAGGGAGGAGCCAAGGAGUACUGGUUUGUCCUCACCGCCGAGUCCAUGUCCUGGUAUAAAGACGAUGAGGAGAAGGAGAAGAAGUACAUGCUGCAGGUGGACAACCUGAAGCUGCGCGAUGUGGAUAAAAGCUUCAUGUCCAGCAAGCAAAUCUUUGCCCUCUUCAACACCGAACAGAGAAAUGUGUAUAAGGACUACCGUCAGCUGGAGCUGGCCUGUGAGACUCAGGAAGACCUAGAUGCCUGGAAGGCCUCCUUCCUCAGAGCUGGAGUUUAUCCUGAACGGGUCAUGGAUAUAGGAAAGAGUGACGGCAGCGAUGAAAAUGGCUCCGACAACAUAAUGCACAGCAUGGACCCUCAGCUGGAGCGGCAGGUGGAGACCAUUCGUAACCUGGUCGACUCCUACAUGGCCAUCGUCAGCAAGACCGUGCGCGACUUGAUGCCGAAGACCAUCAUGCACCUCAUGAUUAACAACACUAAAGAGUUCAUCAACGCAGAGCUGCUGGCCCAGCUGUACUCGUGCGGGGACCAGACCACACUGAUGGAGGAGUCCCAGGAGCAGGCCCAGCACCGUGACGAGAUGCUGCGGAUGUACCACGCCCUGCGGGAGGCCCUCGGCAUCAUCGGCGACAUCAGCACGUCCACCAUAACCACCACCAUGCCGCCUCCAGUGGAUGACUCUUGGCUGCAGGUGCAGCGGGGCGGCUCCGGAGGAAGGUCUCCAGCCACCAGUCCGACUCCAAACCGCAGGGCACCGCCGGGACCUCCGGGCCGCCCGGUCUCUCGUGGGCCUCCACCUGGGCCUCCUCCCGCUGGGGGACCCCCUGUCCCGUCUCGCCCGGGGGCUUCUCCGGACCCUUACGGUGGGCCACCGCCCACUGUGCCCUCGCGGCCUAACCGCGCACCCCCAAGUGUGCCAAGAAUCACUAUCACUGACCAAUGAGGACUAACUUUGCUGUCGGAGACCCCCACCUUCUCCAACCCACUAGACCUCUGAGCUCCUCCCUCCCUCCGUCCCACCUCUGGAUGAGAGGCCAUGGACAACAGUGCCACCUUCCUGUUGUUUUCUGCCACACCUGACCAAGCCGGCUCCCUUCUCCUGCUCCGAAUUUUCCCUUACAACACACACACACACACACACACACACACACACACACACACACACACACACACACACACACACACACACACACACACACACACACACACAGAGAUGCAGAAUACUUGAAAACACACCUGCAUGACUGACAUAUGAACAUGCUGCCCCCUCAGAAUUUAAAUAAACUACGUAGAUAACAUAAAAUAAUUGGUACAUUUUUGAGUGUAUGCGCACAUGUGCAUGCACACUGCUUUAAUAAAUACACACAUAUAUAUACAGCAUAUUUAUAUACAAGCAAAUACAUACAGAAUGUGUGUUCCUGCUGUUACACCUAACGUGGGAGCAAACUAAGCAUGACACUCUGCCUGAGUAUUACAUUAUACUCCAGCCUUUUUGAUGGGUAUUCUGGCUGCUGACUGACUUAUAUUAACUUUUGUUUGUUUCUUUUAUGUCUUUUUUUUCCUGAUUUCCUCACUAAAAUGUUCGUGUCACUAACUCACCUUGUACUGCCGGUCAUGUGUGAAGAAAACAUUUUUUAAUCAAACGUCUUCAGAGCAGAAUUUAAAAAAAGAAAUGAUAGAUAAAACUGGUUUUCACACAUCAACUAUGAAACAGACUGCACCUGGGAGGAGGGCUCGAACGAAAUGAGGGGGGACAUACAGACUCCUCGCCCUCAUAUACCUGAACACACAUGAGAUGCUGCUCUUCAUUCUUUUUUUUUGUUCACCCUCCUCCUCCUCUUCUGUCUCCUCUUGCACUAGGACUGCAGCGAUACAUCAUGGGGGACCUGUUGCAAAGGCCUCACUGUCACUAAAUUCAACUGUUUUCUAACUUUCUUGUGUAAUUGAAUCAAAUAGUUUGCUUUGUCAAAACCACCUCUCAAAAGCGCCGUUGUCUGUACUUCCACAGAACCUAUGCAACAAAGAAAAUAGUUUCCCAAUUCUUUUAUAUAUUUUUUGGGCUUAAAGAGGCGCCUCCCUUGCCACUUUUCCCAAUUCCUCUCCUCUUAAAAAAACAAACAUUGUCACUGUGCUAUCUUACCGAGGCGGGAUCUAAAUAGAAAGUGCAAUAUAUAGACUAUCCUUCUGCAGACAGCUGCAUGACACCAGUCCCACAAGAAUCAGAGCACAUGUUUCACCGAGAGGGAGGGAAUACGUGGCCUGGGUUGCACCCUCAGGCUGUUAGAUAUCCUCUUAUACAUUCUAGCUAUUCAGAGAGGAGGAGGUCCUUCAUGGGAGUGUGUGUCCCUCAGUCCGCUUUCUACUUCAUUAUGCAUCAAAUCCUCUGAUGUACUGACAGGAAAACCUUCAGCAUUUUAUCCAGGGUUAUGAUCUGGCAUUUAUUUUUUCCUCUCUUCUUUUCUUCCUUCUCUCAGUGGUCACGGGGGUGAGUGAGAACAUGAAAACAGCCACAGUCUAUGCAUAAAACUAUCAAAACGCUCCUCCUGUUUCACCCUCACAUCGCUGUCCGAGAGCCUCGUCACCUGUUCAGUGUGUUGUAUUUUGACCCCAAACAAAAAUCCCCAACUCACCGUCCACAAAAAGCCCGUCUCUGCACCUCAACCGAUGUCAUUUUAGCCAUUUAGAAACCACUUCUGUGACCCCUUGUGCAUCUGAAUUCUCCACAACUGCAACGCAAAUACGACAAAGCAUAUUCGACCUAUUAUUUAAAAGUAAAAAGUUUAUGAUGGACAUAUCUUAAUGUGUUACGAUGUAUAUGUGUGGUGCCUCUUAUGGGACUUGUACCUCCACUGUCUAGAGAAUUUAGUCUGCUGAAUAUUUAAAUUAUUAAAUAAACGAAUAUGUGUAUAAGGAAAUAUUUGGAAAAAACGUAUGGGAUAUUGGCAGGUUGUUUGCUACCAGUUAAAGUAUCAGAGGGUUUUUCUUGUUUCUCUCCGUGUGUAAAAGAGCAGAACGGGACUGUGUGAAUGUGUGAACACCUGCAGCAACCAGGUCCUGCAUCUUGUUUAAAGUGCUGUGGAGGGAACAAUGACUUCAUCUUGCAGAACUGCUGUGCUUGGUCAACACAUUAAAAACCUCAGUGUACUAAAUGAA